AUGGACACCUUCUUCCUGUCGCACGGCCCGCCCACGAUGUGCGUUGACGAGACAGUCCCUGCGCGGAGCUUCCUCCAGUCGUGGCUGCCGGCGGGGAUGGCGGGCACGCAGGCGCCGCGCGCCAUCCUCAUCGUCUCCGGUCACUGGGAGACGGACAUCCCGACCGUCAACGUCGUCCACGGCACCAACGACACCAUCUACGACUACCACGGCUUUAGCUUCCCCGAGGCCAUGUACCAGGUGAAGUAUCCAGCGCCUGGUGCCCCUGAUCUUGCCAGGAGGACCAAAGAGCUCAUCGAGCAAGCCGGGUUUGGCCCCGUGAAGGAGGAGCAUGGACGCGGGCUCGACCACGGCGCGUGGCUGCCGCUAAUGCUCAUGUACCCGGAAGCUGACGUCCCGGUGUGCCAGCUCUCCGUGCAGACCAGCCGCGACGGCACCUACCAUUACAACCUUGGCAAGGCGCUGGCUCCCCUCAGGGCGGAAGGCGUCCUCAUCCUCGGCUCCGGCAGCGCCACGCACAACAUCAGCAAGAUGGAUGCUGGCAGCAGGUCGGCACCGGUUCCACAAUGGGCCUCCGACUUCGACACCUGGCUCACGGAUUCGCUCCUCCAUGGGAGGUACGAUGAUGUGAACCGCUACGACGAGAACGCGCCCUAUGCCAAGGUGGCGCACCCAACACCUGAACAUUUCUACCCGCUGCACAUCGCGGUUGGCGCCGCAGGGGACGACUCCAAAGCCGAGCUGAUCCACAGUAGCUGGACCGACGCCAACCAUUCCUACUCCUCGUAUCGUUUCGUCACGAAGAACUGA